AAUAAUAAUACACUAGCUUACCCCUUCUCACUCUAAAUAUCAUCAAACUUUCAAUUGCUAUUUUGGGAACUUUUUAUUUCCCAAAAUAUCUUCAUAUUUAUUUAUUUAUUUAUUUAAUUUAAAAGGAAAAAAGAAAAAUGGAGGCAGAGUUGAUCACCAAGUUCCACAAGCAGCAGCAAAUUGGAGUACACCAAUGUUCUUCCUCUCUCACUAAACGCAUCAAAGCUCCUACUGAUAUUGUUUGGUCAUUGGUAAGGAGCUUUGAUAAACCCCAGAAAUACAAGCCAUUUGUUAGUGAAUGCUCAUCAAGAGUAGAUUUUAAAGUGGGUACAGUUAGAGAAGUGAAUGUUAGAUCAGGACUUCCUGCAACCACCAGCACCGAAAGGUUGGAGCUUCUCGAUGAUGAACAGCGCAUUUUUGGCGUCAGAAUCACAGGCGGCGAUCACAGAUUAAGGAAUUACUCAUCAACAAUAACAGUUCAUCCAGAAACGAUCGAAGGAAGGCCCGGAACAUUAGUCAUUGAGUCGUUUAUAGUCGAUGUACCUGACGGGAAUACCACAGAGGAGACCUACUACUUUGUUCAGUACCUUAUCAACUGCAAUCAUAAGUGCUUAGCUGAAGUUUCUGAGAAGAUUGCACUGCACACCAAUAACUCUGGAUUUGCCAUUGCCAAACCCGUUGAAUGUUAAUUUUGGAUCUUUAGAAGUUUCAACUCUGAAGGAGGCUGCUUCAGACAGUAGUAGGUGAUUGCUUGAGCAGUAUUUGAUUCAACAAUUGUUUUGUCUCCUUUCAGUAGAAAAUUAUUGGUUUGUUCUUUCUCAUUUGAGUUAUGCUACUUAAUGGAUUCAGUUUGUUUGAUGAUGACAACAGCUGUUUCUCCAAAAAGUAUGAUGUAUGUUAAUAUGCUCAUUUGGACUGUUAAUUGCAAGGUAUUUUCGUCUAAAAUGUCCGACUUUUGA